GCACCGGCGGCCAUGUUAGUGCUCUCUUUGGCUGCUGCAUAAAGCUAUCAACGUGAGCAGAGGCUUCAGGUAUAACAUUUGGGCGCACAGUGCGCAUUAAUUCACUGCUUCACCGCGAGGACAUGUAAUGGCAAUGGAUUCUAUUACUAUGGCCAUUUAAACAUCUGUACCGUAUAUAACAACCCUAGUUAUAAAAUGUGUACCAGCAUGCCCGCGGCACCGGGGGGUUGCACAGAUUCUUCCCGCCUAUAGCGAGUUUGCCCACGCGGCCGUGUGUAGGUGCCACCGGACACUCACUAAUAUACUGAGUGGACUGAGGGAGGGGGCGGACUGGACUGUCAUGUUCUCUUGCGGUUUCCACAAUUCCCAGCACAGUCACAUCAUAGGGUAAUGGUUACUAUAUGUAUGGUGUGGCUGUGCUGGGAAUUGUGGGAACCACGAGGGAGCAUGAUUGAGAGAACAGCCCAUAUCUGCCAUUGCCGGUCUCCCAAAGCUCCAGGCAAAGUCAGUCUCAGGGAGUAAUGACAGGGGAAGAGGGAAGAAUAGAGACACACAGGGAGAGGGGGAGAAAGAAACGGGUAAGAGAUAGACACAUGGGAGAAAGAAACAGGGGUAAGAGAGAGACUGGGAAGGAGAGGGGAGAUAUGGACACGGGCAGUGAGGGGGAGAAAGAAACAUACAAAAGGACUGGGAGAGACAGAUACAGGGGCUGGUGGAGCAGAGAGAUGCACAGACUGGCUUCGGAAGGGGAGAAAAAGACCUACAGUGGGCUGGAAAAUGGUAAAAAGACACACACACAGGGACUGGGAUGAAGGAAAAGAUACACAAAGGGAGUCACAAGGGGGAACAAGAAACACAAAGUGGCAAGAAAUUCAAAAGGGGUUAAGAAAAACACAAGAUGAUUUUUUUUAUUUUUUUUUGUGUGUGUAGGGAGGCAUUUUCACCUGUUUCCUGUACCUCAGUUCUCCAGUACAGGACUCUAUGCUAAAGAGCUAAUUGACAGGUGAGAGAGCUCUUAUUAAAUAGAUUUUCCUUCCAAUAUAUAAAUUUUGCUAGCAAUCUUGCAUACACAAUGUACAGAUAGACAUUGAUAAUUUGUGAUUCUGACCGUAAUACAUGUGUAUAUAUGACAUGUAUAUUAAUGUGUGUAUUAUAUAUGCAAUUAUGCCUAUAAUAUUUACAUAUAUAUUAAUGUACAUAUAUAACAUAUAUGUAAUGAGCACGUAUUGGCCCAGUCUUGUUGCUGGGUGCACACUCCAGCACAAUAACAUAUUUACAUUAAUAUAUAACAUCUAUGUAAUGCGCACGUAUUGGCCCAGUCUUGUUGCUCAAGCUCUCUGCACCGGUGAUGGUAUUGACUGCAGCCUCACUUAUAUUCAUCACAACCAGUCUGUCUCACAAUUCUGUAACUAUAUCAUUGACUGACUGGACUGCUGUGAGAUGUUUGUGACUCUUUGUACCUUGUAAUUUGUAAAUAUCAAUAAAAACAAUACAUGGAAAAGGAUAUUGCUCAUAUUCACAUCUAACACAUGCUGCUAAGAAACUUUGUUUAUAUUUUAAGUUUCAAUAAUUUUCAGUCUUGAUUAAUGGAACCCACUGCUGGUUUUCCUCAGGCCAGAAAUGCCACCUUGCAAUAACUGUUACUCUUCACAUACAACCUGUUGGGUGAUGUGUUCAUAGGGCAUGGGCCACCAUUUGACACCAGGAAUCCAUGCUAAAAAAAAGUAUAUUCACUAAAAGGUGGUGGCAAUAGUAUUGAGCCUCAUGAUUUUCAUUAAAACCCUACUUAUAUGCAUUACCCACCAAACACCCCUGAAAUGGUAGUCUGCUCGAAGGGAGAAGUCAGGGUAGGGCCAAUGUGAGCAAUUCAACAUGCAUGGAAUGUGUGCAUUUGAUGUUUGUCAUGCACUUGAUGAGCAGUUUUGGUGUAUAGAUCUCUGCCAUUUAAGAUGUAACUCACUUUGUGUAUAUAUACAGCCCUAGUCAUACCUCACCACGUGUAAGGUGCACAGCCUUCCUAAACACUUCCUGUAAAGAGAGAUCUAAUGUUUGAACUUUUAUUUAUUUCACACUCUGUUUAAUUUAGAAUUCACUGAAAGGGUUAAUACAUGUUACUAAGAUACGUGCCUAGCCACUAACCUACAUAUGUGCUAACAUGCAUACAUGAUUACGCACUUCCAUAUACAUACAUUCAUAUUAGGAUCCAGAUCAAAUACACGCAUGUACACAUACAGACUUAAAAUUUCAUUCUUCUUCUUCCUCCUUACUCUUACUGGAGGAAGUAAUUAGGAGGAAGAGGAGAUUAUCCGAUACUGUUUGGAAACUGUCUGUGUGCUGUGGUCACAAAAACAUCUUCUGUGAUCCCCUUGCUCUCUUGUGCUGCAUCCUUGUUCACAGCAGUGCUAGGGAGUUGCAUUACAUAUUCCUAGUAAGCCUGAAUGCCACACAAAAGUGAAAGAGAGCAGCAUGCAGACAAUAGGGGGUUCUCAGGAGAUGCAUAUUGUCUCUGAUCAGCAAAUAGACACAUUCUCAGUAACAGAAUCCAAUCCAAUCAGUUGAGUUAUUGACAAGCUUUACUGUGGUUACUAUCAGAGAAAUGGCCUUAAACCAUGGGAAUACACCAUUAAAAAAAAAAAAAAAACUUUUCCCAAUAUACAUGCAUUUAGUAAUUUUUGCAUAUUUGGGAGGAUUAUGGAAAAUCUAUAUUACAUUUGCUGCAGAACUAGUUUCUGCAGCUACUUUAAACAUUUUUUUUGUCCCUCAUACACUUUUUGCCUUUGCUAGACACUGCAACGCUUCUAAAUGAGAAGCCUUUUACUGGACAAACUGCGCUUGCACACAAGUGGGAAUCAUGCUUUUUAAUUAGCUCUGUUAUAGCUGAUUAAGAAGUGUAUAAAUUGCAUGCUUUGAGACUGGCAUGGCCCCACAUAUAGUCUCUGAACUUUAAAGUCUGGCUUGUAAAAAUGAUGUUCUUAUUCAAAGGCUGCACAAAACAAUUGACAAGACACUGAGUUGUUUUGCUGUCCAGAGAGCUGCAUUAUGCACAAUAUCUUACUGUAAGUAGGUGCCAUUCAAUGAUAUAAAAAAAAAAAAGCAGGAUGUUAUAUUUUUCUGCUUAUAAUGUUGGUCAUUAAAAGUCAGUGGAGGGUAAUAGUAUUUUCAUGGUACUGUCCACGAAUCAAGGAGUUACUGAAUGUCACAACUGGUUUGCCCACUGGAUGUCCCUAACUCUGCACAUUGUGUAUGUGUCUACAUCUACAGUUAUAACAAUGUGUGCGGUGACAGUAAAUGGCAUAAAAGUAGAACCAGCAGAGAACAGGUCUAUAGUGUUCCACUUAAAUACAAGAUGAAUGAUUAAAAAAAAUUAAUUCAAAUUCACUAUUGUCUUGCUAUUUAAAGGGACAUUAUAGGCACCCAGACCACUUCAGCUAAUUGAUGUGGUCUGGGAGCUGUGACUCUUUUGCACUGUUUACAUUCCAAACUUUGUUUUCCUGGCACUAUAGGAUCCCUUGAAGUGAUUUUAGGUAUAUAGUUAUUUUGUUUCACACUCUUGUUGAACUUGCCUCUUGUUGCAUUGCAUUUACAGCACUCUUUACUUUGUUAUAUCUUAUAUGGUUAUGGAUUUAAGUACCUACAUUUUCAUAUUUAACAACUUUUAGGGGGAUAAAUAUUGAUUAAGAUCCUGAUUACGAUUUCAUUAUUUUGUCUUAAAGGGCCAUACACUUGUUUUUUCCCAUGAUAUGUGAAACUCCUGACUAGGCCAGUUUCCUUUUAUAUCUACUUGUUGGACACCCUAUAAAACUCUGUAAUGUCUAUUUAUUCCACUCAAUAACCGAUAUCACUAUUUUAAGCAUGUUCAUUUUUGUCAGUUGUUGCAGAUAAAAAAAGAAAAACGCCAACACGAAAAUAAGGGAUAGACUAUAAUUCUGGUUUGAAAAGUCGUUGCGACGAUUUAUGAUAUUGUAGAAGGAAAUCAUGGAUGAAGCCACUAUUAAACUCAAACAGAAUGUUCCUUAUUCUUACGAUUUUCUUCAAGUUCAUGUAGAAGUGCUUCAAAAAUCAAACAGUUCUGUAAAGAGUGAGGAUGUACAAAGUCAUGUCAUAGAAUUGUUAAACAGACAAACAAUUGUUUUUGGCGAUUAUACCUGGACAGAAUUUGAUGACGCCUUUUUAACAAGAAAUGUAAUUUCUGUGGCUGUUGUUGAUACAGAGUUGAAAUUUAAAGGCAGACAGCCCAUUGACCUAAGAAAGUGCAAUUUGCUUGUGAGUGUUUUUCAUUUAAGUGAACAUGGCCCAAAUGCAGAAAAUCUAGAAGAGGAAAAUGACGAUCUUGUAGCUGCUAACAAUUGGCACCUUCCUUCAGCGGAUUUUCAUGGUCUUUGGGAAAGUUUAAUAUACGAUGGUGACAUCAAAUCCAAUCUUUUAGACUAUGUUACAACAACACUGCUGUUUUCCGACAAAAAUGUUGAUAGCAAUUUGAUUUCCUGGAACAGAGUUGUACUCUUGCAUGGUCCUCCUGGAACGGGUAAAACUUCAUUGUGUAAAGCACUAGCACAAAAACUGACGAUCAGACUAUCACAUAGGUACAAAUAUGGUCAACUGAUUGAGAUAAACAGCCACAGCCUUUUCUCCAAGUGGUUUUCUGAGAGUGGAAAGCUAGUAACAAAGAUGUUCCAGAAGAUUCAUGAACUGAUCUAUGACCAAGAAUCUCUUGUGUUUGUGUUGAUUGAUGAGGUUGAAAGUCUUACUGCUGCAAGAAAGGCUUCUCAAGCAGGAACGGAACCAUCUGAUGCCAUUCGAGUAGUAAAUGCGGUGUUAACUCAAAUAGAUUGGAUAAAAAGGUACACCAAUGUAGUUAUCUUGACAACGUCAAAUAUUACUGAAAAAAUAGAUGUGGCAUUUGUGGAUAGAGCUGAUCUAAAGUUAUACAUUGGAGUACCUUCUUCUCCUGCUAUAUUUAACAUUUACAUGAGCUGUUUAGAAGAACUUAUGAAGUGUCAGAUAAUAUAUCCAAGACAACAGCUACUAACUUUACGAGAUCUAGAAAUGAUUGACUAUGCUGACAAUAAUGUAUCAAAACUAAGUCUUUUAUUGAAUGACAUUUCCAGGAAAAGUGAGGGGCUCAGCGGAAGAGUUCUUAGAAAGCUACCUUUUCUGGCACAUGCACUUUAUAUUCAAUCUCCUACAGUUACCAUUGAGAGGUUCCUCGAGGCUCUUUCCCUGGCAGUGUCAAAACAGUUUGAAGAAAGAAGAAAGCUUUCUGAGCAUUCCUAAUUCACUUUAGGAGAAUUGUGUAAUUUCAAGGAUUUUCUUUUUUUUUCUUGUAAAACCAAAAUGUUUAUCCAUUCUAAUUUCAAUGUUAACAGAAAAAAUAAAGUUGAUACCGUAUUUGUGAAAGAAAAUAAGGGACAGGUCUGCUUUAAUAGAGCAGGCCUAAUAUGUACGUCAUGCCCCUACAGCAGGGUUAGGCACUCUGUAUGUUUUGGACUACAUCUGCCAUAAUGUUCUUGCAGCCAUAGUGCUGGCAACAUAUCAGGGGAGAUCUAGUCUACAACAUCUAGAGUGUGGCAGGUUGCCUACCCCUGCCCUACAUUAUCCUGCAGCUCUAGCCAGCAAGGCUGGCCUGAGACCUUCGGGCGUCCUGUGCGAAAAAUCUUCACAGUGCCACUCUCUGGCUACUCCCCUCAUCCAAUACCACUGAAAAUGUUCCAUUCAUGUUAAGCCCCAAAACGAAGAAAUUAGAAAAAUAUCAUGAAAAUUAUUGCAUGCUCUUCAGACAACAUGCAAGAUUUUCACUGUGAAACUGUUUACUCAUUUUUUAUUUUUUUUAAAUUAGUUUUUUAUUGGUCACUAUGAUCGAAGUAAAACAAGUGCAGAGUAAACAGAGGUAAACAGUCAAACUGUAAAAUAUUUUUUGCAUAUAGAGGCUCACAGCCACGCAGGGCUGAAUGGAACAAUGAAUAUGGAGAUGAAUAGGGACUCAAAGUCCGCGAUCCAGUUACAUAGCGUAUCAUACAUGUGAAGCGUUCUUAUAUAAUCUAUAGUAGUGCCAUGUUCCAGGGAGCCUAGCUUUCAGAGAUGUAACAAUCUGUCCAGUAGUCUGUCCGGCUAAUUCCCUAACCCUAAGAGUAGCCUGUGUCAGUGGUGUCCCUUACUUCUUUCCUGGUUUGAGCAUCCUACAGAAGUGGGAGUUGGGAUGCUAGGUUAGAAAGGUCAGUUCCACUGACCCCCCAGACAGGGAGUACGUAUGGCCCAUAGCCCAAGACCCCUCAUCCCACCGGGCCACUCGUCCCAUCUGCCAGCAAGACCCGAAAGUCAGCGUGAUAUGCGACCAUCAGCCAGUGAGUCCAGAUGUCUGCGUAAGAUUGGGUACGUCCUUGGGCCAUAAAUGUCAGUUCUUUGAGCCGUCUUCGGUCCUCCAUUUUUCGAACCACCGCAUCCGUGGGGGGUGUCUCCUGGUUCCAGUAGAGGGGGAACUACUUAGCCAUAUUUAGAAUACGAAUGGACAUUGGUUUCUUAUAUCUAGCUAUCGGGGGGGUGGUGGCAUGGUGCAAGAGAAAAUAAUCCGGUCGGAAGGGCUGGGGUUGUCGGAAAACUUCUGUAGGGAUGGUAUUAAUCACCGAAGGGUUUGAUUUUAGGGCAGUCACACCAGAUGUGUAAGAAAGUACCUAAUGUGGCUUGGCAUCGCCAGCAGUGGCCAUCCAGAGCAGGAUUUAUGCUCUGGAGGAGGUGAGGAGUCCUGUACCACAGUGUGAUAACCUUGUAUGCCGUUUCCUGUGUUUUGCUUGCUAAUGUGCAAUGGUGUACCAAAUCAGAGCUCUUCCCCCACUGGUGUGUGGUGAAGGUUUCGCCCAGGAGCUGGGAGGUUAAGUUGUGUAAGUAGUAAAUUAUAUAGAAGGGAUACGGCAUGCGGUUGUGGGUCGGGGUCAACACUCUUUCACUCAAAGGAUGUGAGUGUCCUAGUCAUGUCAGGACGUUGGGGGAUUUGUCUGGGGAAUUUGUAUAACUUUGUAUUUGAGUGUAUGUAAGAAGGUACCUGAGGUGCCCCCUAGUAAGUCUCCCAGUGUCUUGAGCUCACGUCCUUUAAACAUAUGGCGAACUUGGACCUAGUCGUAUGGCAAGAAGGGUGCAUAUGGUCUACCCUCCAUCCCCGGGUGCACGUCAGGGUUGUUUGUGAUAGGGUAUAAUGAGGAAGGGAACAAUGAGAGGCCCAGUCUGGGUGCUGUCCUAUGCCAUAUCUCCAUAGUGGCCUUAACACAUGGCUGUUGGCCUGAUUUUAUCCUACUUGCCUUGGGGUUCAUCCAUAUCAGUGCCAUCAAGGACCUGCCUGUCUGGGUCCGCUCCACAUCUUUCCAUAACGUAACCACUCCGUCCUUGGCCCACUCUAUUAUUAUCUGCAGGUGGGUUGCAUGUUAAUACAAAAGGAAGUCUGGAACUGCCAACCCCCCUUCUCUCUUUGGAUUUGUCAGCACUUGUAUCGCAGCUGAGGCCGUCGAGAGCCCCAAAUGUAAGUUAUCAUUAAUGAUCGGAGCGAUGUGAAGUAUGCAGUGGGGAUCCGGAUAGGGAGCAUUUGAAACAGGUAGAGGACUCGCGGGAAGAUAUAAAUUUUCACCACAACAAUACAUCCCAACCAGGAGAUAUAAUGUCCAUUCCACCAGGUUCUUCCGUAUCGUGGUCAAUAGGGGCGUGAAGUUCGUUGCAUAUAGCUGGGCAGAAUCCAGACACCCAGGUAUCUCACGGACCUCUCUGACAAUUGAAAUUGGAAAGUUUUGCUCAUAGCAGCAGUUUCAGCAGAGGGCAUGGAGACGUUGAGCAGAGUUGAUUUUUAAGUUUCAUCAUCUUUUUUUAAUGUAGUUAUGCAAUAAUUAUGCCACAAAUACAUUUGUGAUGAAUACAUGACUAAAUAUAAUAAUAGUAAUACUAGUUUAUUACUAGCAUUACACUUGGAUAAUAAAGUAUAUAAUAAAUUCAAGGACUUUGUUACGAACAUAUGAACAGGUAAGAAAUUGUUCUUGAUUUAUUCAUUAACAAGCCCCAUCCCCCCCCAAGGCUCCAACAACCCCAGGAAAAGGUGCCCUAUUGUGUUUUCUCAGCAGAGAAAUCUCUAGACUUGGUGAGGGAAACCUGAAAUGCAAGGUCCCUCUUGACAAGCAAUGCUGAUCUAAACUCAAUCAUUUUUGUAUGAUUUGCAUAUUUUCAUGCAAAUAAAAGAACACUCCCACUGAAGUGCUCUGGGUGCAGUUGCCCUAUGGGUUUACCCCUACAAUGUAAAACAAUGCAGGCUUAAAGUGGCCGUCCUACUGACCGCAUGCAAAAUAAUAAUUGUAAAGGAGAAUGCUAUUGUUAGGCUAGACUAGCCAAAUUGUUGUUUUUCAGACUAUUUUGAUAGUUUCUACUUUGGCCAAUAGACACAAGAAACCCAUCAUCUUAUCUUUAAAUCUUAAAGGGACACUAUAGGCACCCAUCCAACUUCAGCUCAUUGAAGUGGUCUGAUUGCACCAUCUAAUAUCCCUUUACUCUGAGCAGGUAAUUAUUGCAGUUUUUUAAGAAACUGCAAUAAUUACCUGCUAGGGUUAACUCCACCUAUAGUGGCUGUCUAACAGACCGCCACUAGAGAAACUUCCGGGCUGUUCGGUGACUUUUUGUCGCCUAACUGACUCUGGACGUCCUCACGCUAUGCAUGGGGACAUCCAGCGUCACCCAAAACCCCAUAGGAAAGUAUUAUGCACAAUCCUAUGUGUCGCAUAUGCACAUUAGGUCUCCCCUGUCAAGGGGGAGGAGAGAAGAAAGACCCGAAGCCAGCGAUAUAGGACAUAUAUACAAUAUACAGAAGUAUAAUCUUAAGUAGCCCUUAAAUACAUAUAGAAGUAGACCACGUAAAUCUGCAGAUAUUUCUUGUUACUACUAUUCUAGGGGGACUUGUGUUGCAUGUCCCCUGGGCACCAGAUGAAGGUGGGCAGUGGCUUUGCCCCCUUGAAGGUAUAAACUAUGUGUCCGUGGAACAAUUACUAUGUUUGUAACUGUGUGACUGUAACGGUGUACAAGGAUUAAUAUGAGAUAAACUAACACUCCACCCCUGAAACAGUUAAUGUGAGACUGACUAACAUCCUAUCACUUAAAGGGUUAAUGUACAACUCUAUCUUGUGCCUUCCAAAGCUCUGUUUCUUAGAAUGUUCCACCUUUUCUUAGCAAAUACGCACAUAAGUUUUAUUCUGUCUUAGUAUUACCUGACGUAAUGAGAGCAUGGCCUGAUAUGCAUUUCUACAUCACAUAUUCUCUUUCUAUUGGUUCAUGCACCAAGACAGCUCUCUUUCACAAGGCAUAAUAAAUGUAUUGAUAAGUAUUAUUAUUUUUACUGGUGUGCCUGUGAUCUGCCUGGUCACACCUUCUCUGUAAAAAAAAAUUUGUUCAAUUAUUAAACUAGCAGAAUAUUUCUGAAGCAUACAUGCUGCGUGUCUGUUCAUUGACCAUUUCCCAAGCGAUUGGUGGUUUGUUUUUUUCUGUCAUAAAAAUAAGUCCAUGGCAGAGCUGAGGAUUUAGUGAUCUGAUCACUACUUUCUCAGAAGGUUUCUAACCAAACUAACACACUGUGUGCGUUCCUGUAACUCUGUUUAUGGCUGUGUGCCCCUGACAGUGUGUGUCGGCGUUUGUAACUAUAUGUUACAUAAUAUAUGUGGCUGUGUCAAUCUAACUGUGCAUGUGACCGUUUGUGUAUAUGAAUAUGUGCUGCUCCUGUGUGUAUGUAUAUGUAUGUGACUGUAUAAUCGUCUCAUUAUUUAGGUUGCGACCAUGUGUGAUUCUGUGUAUG